AUGCACGGCUUGGGAUUCGUUUUGCUGGUCACCAUCGGCAUUGCCGCGGUUGGUCUCGUUCAGGGAACUUCAGAAGUGUCAUGGGAAGAUGUACCGAAAGAACCGAUAGAAAUCGCGGCGGGGACCGAGAAAGCAAUCCAGGAAGGUGUGAUUUGUCAGGCGUGUGAGAGAAUUGUUGCGGCGGUAGAAGCUGAGGCCACGACACAAAUCGACACCGAGGUGCGCAAGUACAUCAACAUCAUGUGCGACAAAGUGCCGUUUGAAAACAUCAAGAAGCAAUGCCUCAAGACGCUGAAUGGGCUCAUCGACCAGCUCGUCGUCUACAUCAAGGACCGGAAGGCGCCAAAGGUGGCAUGCAAGGCCGUCGGACUCUGCAAGGGAGGACAGUUAUGCCUUCCGAAU